AUGUUGUUCCAAUGGCUCCUGAGCGUCAUCUUACCGCCCAUCCCAAUCCGUCUUAUAACCCAUAAUGUGCGCUAUGCGAAUGACUGGCCUGUAACCGGUGAAGUCAAAUGGGAGCAACGGAGAAACUUUGUCACCUCAAACUUUCUAUUUAACACGCGGUAUAUUCCAGAGGCGUUUAUCGGCCUGCAAGAAGCCUACUUCAGACAGGUUGAAGAUAUACUCGAAGGUUUGAAUGACGGAACGCCCGAGCGGGAUUGGACAUAUAUUGGGGUUGGACGAGACGACGGCAAGGAGAGUGGGGAAUACAGUCCUAUUCUAUACCGCAAGGGAACCUACGAGCUUCUCGACUUUACGACUGUCUGGUUGUCACCUACUCCCGACCGACCCAGCAAAGGGUGGGAUGCGCCUUACUGGAAUCGGAUCCUCACCAUUGGCGAAUUCAAACAUCGCAAAACAGGCCGGCAGCUUGUCGUCAUGAACACGCACCUGGACGACCAGGGCGUUGUUGCACGUCAGAAGAGUGCCGAACUCAUUGUCAAUCGUACCAAUACGCUCCUCGACACCAAGAAAUACGCCGGAGUGCUUUUGAUGGGAGACUUCAACUCUGAAGCCAGCGAAGAUGCAUACAAAACUAUUGAGAUUGGUGAAAAUAGCCCGUUCGUUGACGUCGCAACGUAUUUCAAGGUUGGUGAAGUGAAAAGAUAUGGCCAUCUUAACACGUUUACUGGGUUUGACUGGAAGCCUCUGAAACGUAUCGACUUUCUCUUCGCUGCACCCCGAGAACCGUCGCGUUGGUCCAUGCAAGGUUACGCGGUCAUGGAGACAAAGUAUGAAGAUGGCGUCGCCAGUAGUGAUCAUAGACCUGUCAUAGCCGACCUCGUCUUAAACUGA